UCAGACAUCUUUUUUCGAUCCUGCGGUUCCUGCCGGCUUUUAAAAAUAAAAUAUUGUAUUAAUUCUAAUUAGUAACUAAGUUUUUAGCCAUAAACUGUAAACUUUAAGCUUGAUUAGUUUUUGUAGUUUGUACUUUAUAGUAAAAGGCUAAUUUAAUUUACCAUGACUGAUUAUGAGCAUCGACGAUGGAGUCAUCUGAAAAAAAUCUUGGAGCGUUCUAGCCCGUUUUGUCAUCCUGACUUUGAACCUGGUACAGGAAUAUUAGAAUUUCUACAAAAUUCAUGUAAAUUACUAGUCAUUGGUGCUGGUGGUUUGGGUUGCGAACUUCUGAAAGAUCUUGCAAUGAUGGGUUUUGGUGACAUUCAUGUCAUUGAUAUGGAUACAAUAGACUUGUCAAAUCUUAACAGACAAUUUUUGUUUCGAAAGAAAGAUGUUAAUAGUUCUAAAGCCGAAGUGGCAGCAAAAUUUAUCAAUGAAAGAGUGCCUACAUGUUGUGUUACACCUCAUCAUUGCAAAAUACAAGACAAGGAUGAAGAUUUUUAUAAACAGUUUCAUUUAGUGGUAUGUGGGCUAGAUUCCGUUGUUGCACGCAGAUGGAUAAAUGGUAUGUUAGUAUCCAUAUUGGUGUAUGAUGAGCAACAACAGCUUGAUAACACUACUGUCAUACCAUUGAUUGAUGGAGGCACUGAAGGUUUUAAAGGAAAUGUGCGUGUUAUAUUACCAGGAAUAACACCUUGUAUUGAUUGCACUUUGGAUUUAUUUCCACCACAGGUUACAUACCCUUUAUGCACUAUAGCAAGUACACCACGGUUACCUGAACACUGUAUUGAGUAUGUUAAAUUAAUACAAUGGCCUAAAGAAAAUCCGUUUGAUAGUAACAUCGAUACAGAUGACCCUACACAUAUUAGUUGGAUCUAUGAAAAAUCACUUGAAAGAGCUGAUCAAUUUGGUAUAUUUGGAGUAAAUUAUCGCUUAGUUCAAGGAGUGAUUAAAAAUAUUAUACCUGCAGUUGCAUCAACAAAUGCUGUGAUAGCUGCAGCUUGUGCAACUGAAUCCUUUAAAGUAGCUACUAGUUGCUGCUCUCUGUUAAAUAACUAUGCAGUAUUUAAUGACGCUGAUGGUAUUUAUACGUAUACUUAUGAAGCUGAACGUAAAUCGGAUUGUAUAACAUGCUGGCCAGCUGCUUCUAGAUAUCUCGAUAUAGAUGAUACCAACAUACGGCUUGAAAGAGUUAUUGAGAUGCUUCGAGAGCAUCCCCAAUAUCAAAUGAAAGAUCCUGCGUUGACAAUAGAGAUUGAUAGUAAAAGAAAAACAUUGUACAUGCCAAAUGUACCUAGUAUAGAAUUGAAAACGCGACCAAAUUUAAGGAUGACAUUAGAGCAGUUAGGAAUAUCAGAUGGUUGUAAAUUAUUAGUAGCCGAUAUCACAAACCCUAAAGCUUUUGAAAUAAUUCUUAGAAUUAAAAACAAUUGUGUCUCUAUGGAAUAACAAGAUCUAAUAUAAGUAAAUUAUUUAAAUUAUUUAUUGUUGCAUCAUUUAAAUAUUUUCAAUCUUAUACCUAAUAUUAUACUAACCAAAUAAUAUAACAAAAUUUAAAUUAAAUAAACGCUAAAAUAAUAUUUAACUGUUCUAUGGUUUCUUUUAAAAACAACUUGUAUUUAUCAAGUAGAAAAUAAUUUCUUUUUAACUAUCAUUAUUUUUAUAAUUAUUACAAUAUUAUUAUUUGACAUUUUUGUGUAAUUUAUUAUUAAAAGGUUUCUAUGAACAUUUUUGAAUUGCUAAUUGCAAUAAGUGGACACUUAUAAUUUUUGAAAUUUCCAAUACCGAAUAGUUCGCCCAAUAGUCGAGUUUCCUCUAUCAUCUAGUCCUAUUGAACAAUGGUAUAACUACAGCUGUAAUGCUAUAACAUACAUUUUUUAAUAUUACUGAGAAUUAUAGGAAAAGUUAUUUUUAAUAACUUGAGUUACUAAGUUAAAUUAAAUUGACUGCAAAUUUUGAAAUCAAGCACAGUAGGACAAGUAUACGUAAAUGAGUAAGUAAGGGAGGUUUAGUGUUCACAGAUAAAAGGCUCUUUAGGGUCUUCGGAGAGCCACAGAAGAAUGUGCGCGUAUGGACUACUAGGUACUACGUUGUUGCAAUUCUAUCCGUUUAAAGUAGUCCACAAUAUUUAGUUUUGCUUUAGAAAAUCUAUACCUCUUUUAGUGGUUACUGAAUACUGAUUAGUCCCUUGUCGGUCACGCCUCUCUUAUAAAACCAUUGAUUCAAUACUGAUAUUAAUAUAUUAUAAUACAUAAUUUGUCCCUAUAAGUUGUAGACAUAAAUUAAAUUACCCUUUAUGGUGUAGUUAUGAAUUAAAAUUAUUAAUCAGGCAAAAGAAAAAUGCUCAUUAUAUUUUUAAAACAUUAAAUACCUACUACUGCAUCUUAUCUGAAAUUUUUUUUUCUUCGUAAUAAAUGUAAAUAUAUGAGAUAUCGUGACUAUAAAACUUACAUUAAUAACGUUCUGUGCCCUGUUAAUGUCAAUCCCAAAUCUUUUUGGAAGUUUUAUAAAAAUCAUCAUCAUACCUACCUGCAACUAUGUCAUAUCUUGAUAAUGAGGCUUAUACCUCUUCAAAGAUGUCCUCAUUCGGGAUAUGACGAUGCAAGAAAUUCUUUUAUGAUUAUGUAAUUAAAUAAAAGAUUUCGAUUGCUUAACUAAAAAUGUUUAUAUAAAUAACUUAUUAACCAAAUUGAUUGUCCUAAACUUGCUGAACGUUUAAUUUUCAAAAUUAAUUCUUUAAAUUCUAGAAAUAAAUCACUAUUUUAUCCCUUCAUUUCUUCUAAUACCUACAAUAUGCACUCUCCUGCAAAUAAACUUAACUCUGUGUAGUGUGUACAAUAUUGAUUUAUUUAAUACGUCACUCUUUGAGUUAACACUGUAACUUAACAGGUGCAUUAUAAAUAAUGUAUAUUUUAUCGAAUUUACUUUUUAACUUUAUUUUAUUUGGAU